CGCAUGCGGGCUGUACCACAAAAUGAACGGCAUGAGCAGGCCACUCAUCAAGCCUCAACGCCGCCUGGACGAAAUGGGUGACCUUUGCAGCGACAAGGGACCAGAUAUAAUGGAGGGACUGGAACAGUCUCUACUACGAUACAAAGACAGACGCUGGAAACCGAACACGCAAUCUGGAUCCAGACGCGAAGGAAUAAUUUGUGCAAACUGUCACACCAGCACUACAACACUGUGGCGGAGGAAUAAAGACGGUGAACCGGUCUGCAACGCAUGCGGACUCUACUAUAAAUUACAUGGCGUGAACCGCCCUCUAGCGAUGAAGAAGGAUGGUAUCCAGACUCGUAAGCGCAAACCGAAGGGCUCGUCCAAGCAGCAGAUGAAUGGACAACAGUCUGCCUCAACGAAGUCUCCCAAAGAUGUCCACUCAACACUGCCACCAACGUCCAUGCACAGCCCAUCCAUUAAGAUGGAGCCUCAUUUUAACUAUGGGAUGCCCACCACUCUACCCAGUCACAUCUCGCUCUCCAGCCUCUCCAACACCCAGUCUCGUCUCUCAUCCCAGAACCAACAUCACCACCUAGACCACAUUCAGCAUCACAUCAACACCGGCCACACCAGUCGUCUCCUCUCCAACGGGAGUUCUGCUGGGCAUAGCCCCCUCAACUUGGUCAGCCCCGGGUCGGACCACAGCAGUCAUAGCGGCAUACAGUCAGGUAGUAACGUAGUCGCUGCUGCAGCCGCUCAUACGCUCUUCGCUGGUGUGAAUCCAUCCCCACCUACUGCCGUAGCGGUGUCGUUAGAUAACAAUGGCAUUACUGCGGUUGUUUCCUCAGACUAGAUAGUAGUUGGUACUAGACACAACAUAAAGUAAGGGAGUGGCCCAGGAGUUACUCAAAUGC